AUGGCGAUGUGUCCACUGGAUGAAAAUGUUUUCAGCUCCAGCAGCCUCAAAGUCAUAUUGGAGGCUAGCAAGGAGAAAGGCCAACAACUUGUUAGUAUUCCUAGCAAUGGACUGGAUAGCCUUAUCCGGGAUGAGAUUAAAUCCAUACUAGGCCUUGGUGAUAGCGCUGAUAAGAUUGUCUACGCUAAUCCAUGCAAGGCUGAGUCUCAUAUCAAGUAUGCAGCAAGUGUUGGAGGGCGACUCACUACCUUUGAUUCUAAAGAAGUCAACAAAAUCAAAAAGUGGCAUCCAAAAUGUGGACUGCUGCUACGACUUGAAGUGAACGAUGAGAUUUCCUGGCGUCAGCUGGGAACCAAUUUUGGUGCUUUUCCUAAGGAGAUGGUGCCUCUGCUCCAACAUGCACACCAAGCAGGCAUCAAAGUAGUUGGAGUCUCCUUUCACGUAGUCGCCCAGCACAAUAUGCCCCCAACGAACAUCAUUAACAUUGUUGGAGCUUUUAAAGCAAACCCAUUAUCUGAUGAGAUUGGUGCCACAGUUAAUGAUGCAAUCCAGGAAUUUUUCCCAGACGAUAAAUCCUUUGAAGUGAUUGCAGAGCCCAGAAGGUAUUUCUGUGAAACUGCAUUCACUCUAGUUACUGAUGUGCUUGGCAAACGAGUGAGAAGAGAUAAAAGAAAGUACUGGAUUGCUGAUGGGAUUUAUGGUCCAUUUAACUUUCCGGCCUAUGAUCGAUCCUCUGUGUUGCUUAAACCAAUAAUAAGAAAUCCUCAACGUGUUGUGGUUUUUGCAUCAACAGUGUUUGAACCAAGUUGUGCCUGA